AUGGCCAUAUGCCUCACCAUUUCAUGGGCAGAAGCCCAGAAUGGUCGAGGGCCGCAGCAUCAAGACCACAACGGUCACGGGUGGGAUAUCCGGCUGGCAGUUCCAGGGGAACCCGGCAGUGAUUAUCCUACUCUGGGCGCUAUACCCAGGACAUCCUUUUCUUGCGCGGGAAGAGACCCAGGAUAUUAUGCAGACAUAGAAACAAAUUGUCAAGUCUUCCGAGUCUGCACAGUAGGAUCAACCUACGGCUUCCAGUCGUUCCUCUGUCCAAACGGAACUUUGUUCAACCAAGCGGUGUUCGUAUGCGACUGGUGGAUGAACGUCGACUGCCAAAACUCUCAACAGUACAUCAACAACAAUAACGAACAAUUCGAAAAUCUGCGAUUAGGUCCACAACUCAUGAAGGAUAUUAAGAAAAUGCUCACUCAUCCAAUGCGUAACCCCUACGACAAGAGUGCGAUGAAGAGUAAUCUCAUUGUAAUGCAAGAAUACAAGCCACCGUUUGGUCAGCUGUUCCCGAACGGAGCCCUAUUAGCAGGGCCUGAACGAGCUCCUAACAACGUUUAUUUUCCAGCGAAACAAAUCCAACAGAACCUAGUUCAAGGCAAUCCAAAUGAUUACUCGUUCUCAGCGUCUACACCUGACCCCAGAUAUAUUCCUGCCCCAAUCAACACUAACUUUUUACCUUUGCAAAGAGAUGCAGAAGUAUUCCAAAGGCAGCGACAAAAUGGCCAGUAUAAUGAAGUAAAUAAUAAUGGUAUCCAAAACGCUAGAGUGCAAACAACUCAGACAUCACAGACUGGAAACCUUAUUUCUAACGGUCAUGCAGGCAGAUUUAUACAAAAUGGAAAUUCAAAUUCUGUAAACACAAAUAAUUACCCCCAAAUACAAACACCACGACCGACGCAGAUAUCAAAUAAUUUUUCACAGAGACAAACAAGUUCUGUAAGCAACUCCCAAUCAGGCAAUGUACAAAAUACACAGAGAGUACCAAAUACAAAGCAACGUGCACAGUACUCAGAACCCAGAAGACUACCUCAAACAAACAACGAGGCUUCCUUUUCUAAAUCACAGAACUACGUAAACAAUAAUAAUCAAGAUAAACAACCAUACACAUACAGUACUCCAUCUUCCAAUAUACAACAAUAUCCAAAUAAUUUAAACAAUCCAGCAGGUAGAGAACUUAAACAAAACUUGGUAAGUACAAUUAAAGAGAUUCCAUCAACAGUUAUAACAAAAACAUUAACGUAUAGCAGGUUAGUGCAGGAGCCAAAAGUAGGUAAACCAAAAUCCAGAAUUACAGUCAAAACUUGGAUUGUAAAACCAACUAAAUCCGCUAGAAUAAUAGUGGACCCCACGCCUUACACGUAUGCAAGACCCUCACCCGCCCCUCCAUCCGCCCCAUCACCUACAGCAAGACUUAUUGAAGAAAAUACACCUUACGUGUACGAAAAACCGACAACAUCUCAAACUGAAAAGAUAAUCUCACCAGAACCAGAAUCUGGAUCAGAUUCUGAGGAGCCCUAUUCUUACCCAAAGCCUACCCCUGCUGCUAAGCAAAUUGAAACCACUGAAAUUCAAACCACACGUAUCUUUAUCGCACCCACAACUAUUCCAACUCGUCCAACAUAUUCAGGGCGAUUAAGUUCCCCACAAACGUCUCCGCUUCCCACGAAAGCAUCCCGACUUUACCUAACUCCAUCUCCAUUUACAUCAACAGCUAGAUUUUAUCUUCCACCACCUCGGAACCCAACAACACUGCCACGGUUGUAUUUACCUUCAGACGAUGUACCACAACCCGUAUACUAUCAAAGUUCUCAGCUAAGAGCUGCCCCGACCUUGCCUACCACUACUCGCGUAACAUUCACUGAAAACUUUAAUCAACCAUCGUUUUCUGUCCCAAAACAAUCCCAAAUGAAUAUCAACCAAGAAAAUUUAACAUUUGCUGAUAUACUUACUAAGGAAAAACUAGAUAUAACCGUAAACGACAUAGUAAAAGAUACAGAUAGUAUUUUGAAAACUGCCUCUCCUCCACAAUACGUUCAAUAUCGUAAAGAAUUUAAAUCUAUCGAUUAUUCAGAUAAGAAUAACUACAUAGCACGGACAACUACUGAUAGUGGCGAAAGUUUAACAUCUCAAGUUCCAAUACAGACUCCAACUGUAUCCUCAAAAAGUUCACGAAUUAUAGCAACGCCUGCAACAAGUUUACAACCUCCAAACGAAAACUUUAUUUAUCAAAAUAGUAAUAAGCUUUCUAAUUUGCCUUUCUUCAAGGAAACUGGCAUUCCAAAUACAAUAGAGCGCACGGUUUCAAUAAAAAUAACUAUUCCCGAAAGAAUUGCUGCGUACCUUUUCAAGAAUCGAAGUGACCCCACCUAUGAUAAACUAGAAAUAUUAAAUACUGGAAGCAGCAACUAUUUGGUUAUGAGUGACAACUUCUUAAACAAUAGAAAUGCAUUCAAUUUUAUUCCUAUCGCUAAGCUAAUCGGUGGUCAAAACUCAAAUAAUAUUUCUGAUUCACAGGCGCUCGUGUACUCAUUCUUGACUGAUUCCAUCAACGUAGCGAGAGAAUACAACAACAUUGCACAACAAGAGAUAUUGACGUCUACAGCAUCACCUACUCCAGCACAGUUUCAGAAUCUAAACAAUGAUAAACUGUCACAAAUCACCAAUCAGAUAUCAUCGCUUACAUCGUCACAAUAUACUAGUAACGACCCGAACAGUUUUGUCAAUAGUGCAAAUAUUCCUAAACCAAAACCUAACAUUAAUCAACUUAAUCAAUUUACAGGCAAUGCAAAAUACACUGAUGGUCGAAACCAGGGUCAACAGAUACAAACAAAUCAAUUCACUCCUUCACAACAAACACAAGGUGAAUUUUACUCAUCACGAUAUCAAAUACCCAAUACUCAACAAAAUAUUCUUAACAGUCAGAACCAAUUGUACAGUGGUCAAUUAUAUCAAUGGUCUGUUCCAGAUGUAACUAAUCAGAUUUACAACCGCCCGAGUCCAGCUAACUUCAUCAAUCCCAGCAACAUUCAACAACAACCUACACAAAUGUUCACUUUACAACGCAACACUAAUCAAAACAAUGCAAUGGACAAUUUUAAGCAAUCAAAUCCUCAAUUUGAAGUCGUGAAAGCAGAUACUGUUGAUUUGAACCCAGCUAAACUGCAACUUGAAUCUCCUAAUGGAGCUGAACAGUUCUCUAGUCAAGAAGCUCUCAAUAAUUUGAUCAAUAGCCAAAGCGGAAUAUCAGCACAGCUAGAAGAUAAAAUAGUAGGCACUAUACCGCAUCCAUUAGAAGAAAACAAACUGCUCACAUACAAGAAGGAUCAAUCAUACUACCUUUACACUAAAUUGGAAGACAAUACGAUCGAUCAAAAUUCUCAAACAAACCAGCAGACUAACACGAACACUCAACAAAACGCGAAAUUGAUCCAAACUAAUGGCAACAAUAUGCCAAAUGUAGUUUCAUUCCAACUUAUACCUUCAGUGAGUUACGAAUUAGAAGACGAGAAAGAUAAACAAGAAAUUUUAAGUGCUUUCCAAAUAGAUGAGUUCGGCGCUCCCAGAGACAUAACGAGACCGCAGAACGAAGCAAACAAAAAUCAAGGACAGCAAAUUAUGACGUCUAGAAUAGAUUUUGCAGUGGAGCACCCAAGCACACCUAAACAAAAUGAUCAGUACAGAAUAAACCCGUUGUACUCUGGACCAUCUUCUUAUACUGCUCCACAAUCAUCAGUGGGUAGCCUAGGGUCUAGACAAGUAGUACAAAACAAUUUCAACUCUAGACUAGAAGACUUUGAUAGCAAUAAUAGUAACGGCUACCCCAAAGAUAGGCCUGCGCGACAAUUCUUUUCUUGA